AUGUUGAUACAACCAAACCAUAGAAGAAAACCGGAGUUUAAUGAACGAUAUUAUAUCUGUCGAACCAUUGAAAACUAUUCUACAAAUUUUAGUAUUAUUGUUCAAUAUAAUAGACAAAUCAGCCAUAACUUAUUAUCAAAUGCAUUAUAUUCAUUAAUAAAAAAGAACAGUUGGUUUGUCCAGAAUUUUUUCCAAAUAGAUCAAAGGAAUCCAGCAACUGCCAAUGGCCAUAAUUUUGAAGUACGAAUUCUUGAGCACGUUAAAUUCAAUGAUGUAGUUAAGUUUCAUCAAAUUGACAAAUUCGAUGAAAUAAUAAUGGAGUCCCUCAACGACCAUAUUUUCAGUAUGAACAAUGCCACUUUACCUCUAUGGAAAAUCAACGUUUUCGAAGAAAUGAGACCUAAUGGAAAUCAGUUUAUAAGUGUAUCAUUUGAUCAUUCAAACUAUGAUGGACUUUCAGGAGUUCAAUUCCAAAAAGAUUUGGCUAAGGAAUUGUUAACUGCCAAAGAUGAUUUGUUUUAUGAUGUUUUAUUUGAUUAUCAACGUGAUUUUGGAAAUUUACCUGCAAAAAUUUUACCAGCAGUGGAUAAUUUGACAGAUUUAUUUGAUUUAGGUGUCCUACUGUCUAGUAGUUCUAUUUUAAAAAAAUGGGUUCCAUUUUAUGAUACUAUUUGUGGUUUUAUUUGGCCAUCGGACCCACCAAUUUUCGAUACUGAUACACCAGUUACCAAAAACUUACAAACUAAAUAUAAGUUUUUGAAAUUAACUUCAAAUCAAAUUGGUCAAAUUUCCAAGUAUUGUCGUUCACAUGGAAUCACCCUUACUACAUAUUUUGAUAUAAUCUGUAUAUGUGCAUUACAAGAGACAGUUUUCUCUGUAGUUAAAUCACUGGCUACCCAUACAUCUUCAUUAGUCGCUAUAAAUGGCAGACGAUACUAUUCUGAUGAGAUCAAAAAUUUCCUUUAUGGUACUUUAGUUUGUGGUGCACCAAUUAUUUUGCCUACCAUUGAAAAUAAACUUGAAGCAAUGCAAAUUUUCCACCAAGAAAUGACCAAUGAUAUAAAUACUAAAAAGUCAUUCCAAUCAACUGGUAACCUCCUUAAACAUGCCAAUGUAUGGGAAUAUUUCCAGAAUAAAAUUAAUAAGAUUGGUGGGAGAUUUACAUUGACUAUUUCUAACCUUGGUAAAAUAUCAAACUCAAAUGAUAUUUUUAAAUUCGAACAAAUGUAUUUCGUCCUGAAUACCGGGGUUGUCUAUAAUUUUGUCUUAAAUAUAACCACAUUGCCCAACGGGGAGUUAACUGCGGUGGUAGGUUAUAUUCCUGAAUUUGAAAAGUAUGAGUUGAAUAAUAAACCAAUAAUGAAUACAUUUAUGGAAAAGUUUUAUGAUUUGCUUAUCCUUACAUCAUCCUGA